UGGUGGUGUUUCCUUUGGUAUUUUUUUUUUUGUCUGCUAAAGCAGAAAUUUUAUAAUGAGUAUACAAAACUCCUCAAAAAUAGAAUUGUGUCGAUUGUGCUUAACAGAUGAAGGUGUCACUUGUCCUAUUUUUGCGGUAGGGGCUUCAAAUCUCGUCAAAAUAAUCCUCGAGUGCACCUGCAUUGAGAUAGAACCAAUCGAUGGAGUACCAUCAAACAUCUGUGAGGUUUGCAAAUCAAAGUUAGUAAUUUGUUCACAAUUUAUCAGGCAAUGCCAGAAAACUCAGGAGAAAAUUCGAAAGCUCUACGAGAGACACUUUGAGUCACAGAAGUGCCAUGAUCCAAACCAGGAACUGGAAAUUGAGGAAAUCGAACUAAUCGAAUAUGCACCAGACCAGGAAGAUUUGCAAAAUGAAACUAAUAAUGCCGGUUGGGCCAAAACACCUGAGGCUGAGGAAGUUUAUUUGGUUGAGAUUGUUAAACAACCACAUCAAAAAGGUACUGAAAAGGUCGUUUCUGAUGAAAAAAAGAUUCAGGUUUUUAAAAACGACUGUAGUGAAGAAUCGGAUAAACCUGAUGAUACCAUUCCCGAAGAAGUCCCAUUGAACAGUAAACAGAAUUUACCAACGUCCACACAUACUUCCAAAAACCAGAAUGAUUCACUGCCUAUUGAUACGGUUUCACAAAGUUCAUGUGAAGGAUUUAAUCUUGACCAAAUGAAGGAUAAUUCGGUCAUUAUAAAUGAAGGAGGUAUCAAAAAAUACAAAAAGAAAUGCCCCAUUUGUGGAGUCUUGCAACAAAAUUUGAAGCAGCACAUGAACGUACAUUCUGGAGCUAGAAAACAUGUUUGCGCAUUUUGUGGCAAAGCAUUUUCCCAAAGGGGCAAUCUGACUUGCCACCUCAACAUCCACACAGGAUAUAAACCCCACAAAUGUGAUCAGUGUAGUAAAAGCUUCGGGGACCCAACAGCGCUUAAAAUGCACAAAAUUAAUCACUCAGAUGAGCCCAACUUCGAGUGUGAUUUGUGUCAAACUACGUUCAGGUUCAAGCAUUCCCUACAAACCCAUUUGCGAAGUCACAGAAACGAACGAAAUCAUGCUUGCAGCUAUUGUGAUAUGGCUUUCGUCACUAGCUCCUCUUUGAAGAAACACAUACGCACCCAUACGGGUGAAAGACCGUACAAGUGCGAUCUCUGUACGAAAUCCUUUAUCUGCGGUGGCCAUCUACAACAGCAUAAGAAAACUCAUUUUCGAGAUAAUGCGUACCAAUGCGAGAAAUGUAAAACUGCUUUUAAAACUAAAGCAACACUGAAGCACCAUAUGGAGAUUCAUGACAUAAUUUCAUGCGCAUUGUAAUUUAUCAAUGAAAAUUAAAUGCUUGAAGCAUUCUUUCACACGGAUCUGUGUU